AUGCCACUCUUCAACUCCCAACCUAAACCAGCACCGGCACCACAAGCUCCCGUGAUCGUCACCUGGCAAUGCUCAUGCGGAAGUUUUAAUAGAGUAUACGCAGGUACCGCCACUAGGAAGUGCAAGAGAACAGAUUGUGGGAAGUACUGGGUAUACAAAAAUGGAAAGUGGGAAGAUGAUUAUCAUGGAGGAAAAAGAUCUUAUUAUGAGCCAUGGCAAAGAGACUCUAAUGUUGAUUGA